AGCAUACAAUUACUAUGCCUCACGUCUAGGCGAAAUGAGUGGUAGCCAUCGCCACUUUGCGCAGCGGGAGAGCCGGCGCUUCCGUUGCCCUUGCCCGCAGUGCGGCAACCUAAUAUACAACUGCCCUUUUACGUUCAAAUAUCAGCAUGCUGGGCCUCUGCCGGUUUUCGAGCUUGCCUGCGAGGAGCCGGUCGUCGCCCAAAAGCCCGACCCUGCGCGUUGCGACCUCGAGGAGUAUUGCCGAGUGGUCGCGGCUUUCAAUGCGGAGUAUCGGGCAUGCAUGUCCACAACAACAAUUGGGGAGGUGCUGGCGAAGACGGCUAAAAGGCUUGGUUCGACGUACAAGCAGUGGCAUGCAUCUUCCGCCGUUUGCCAGACAGCCCUACGCGCGCUCAGCGGCUACGCGAUGGUGGAGCGCAACCCUGCUGCGGCGGUACGGGUUGCCGAGGAGGCGCUGUCCCUGUGCACCGUGUGCCCGGACGCCUACGCGCUUCUUGCUCGUCUCAAAGCCAAGAGCCUGGAGGAGGCCCUGGAGCUGUACGAGAGGGGCGUGCUGGAACCCGACAAGGUCAUGAGCCCUGACGGCAUCGCCCGCUGCGCAACCGCGUACGGCAAGUGCACGGCAGCCUCUCCGCCGUACAUGGGUGUCGUUCGCUGCAUGGAGGGGUCCAUCUACACGCUGUGUCGCUUGCGGCGGCCGCAGGAGGCGUACACACGGCUCAUGAAGCUGCUGUCGCUGUGUCCGCCCCUCAAGGAGCAGCCCGCCCUGAGUGCCUGGGUGUUGGCCCCGGAGGUGGUGUUCAGGGCUCGCGGCCCCGCCGGCUGUCUGUCCUGGAUGAACAAGCACCUGUGCAGCGAGGCGUUCGAGUGGGGGGGCGGGGAGGUGUGGUGGAUCGCGACGUAUGCGCUCGCCUGGACCGCAACGCACAAGGAGGAGGGCUUCAUGUGGACCAGUCUGAGCUCCGCGGAGGACGAAACCAACCUGACAUGCAGCCACGGCGCGCGAGGCUGCUGCAACGACGAUGAAGACGAUGACGAGGAUAGUGGGGACGGCAGCGACAGCGACAGCAGCAGUGGUGGCGGUCGCGCCUGCAAACGCCGCGGCGGGGGUGCCGGCAAGUGUCCGCCCGUGUGGCGAGGCGCAUGUGACAAGCUGCGGAAUGGCAUGGCGCUGGCCGCGUGCUGCUGCUGGCUGCCCAUGAUGGUUGACAUGCUGCUGGGGGACAUGCCGGUGCCGUCAGGUCCGCUGCCGCCCAUGGCCGUCGCCGCCGGGUCGGUGGGCUGCCAGGUGGGUUACGUGCGCUGCUGCGGGGACCUGUGGCGCGACACGCCGGGGGUGCUGGAGUAUGUGAGGCGCUUCAGGAACACGUACGAGGUGUUUGGAAUCAUCUCCGACGCCCGCUCAGGUGCCAAUCCCAAUAUGCGUGAUUUCCGGCGCUACAUGGGCCUCUCCUCCUCACCCUCCUCACCCUCCUCACCCGCACCCUCUGCGGGGCCGUCACCCCGACCCCCCGCCGCUGGCAGCGGCCCAACCACCGCCACUACAUCAUCAUCCCCGUCUUCUUCUUCCUCAGCCGCUACCGGUGCCACCCGCGCCGCCUCCUCUUCCUCCUCCUCCUCAGCCGCAAUCUUUCCGGAUGCAGUCAAGUUCGAGGGCAUGUGCUGCUGGCAUGGCCUGGUGGAGCUGGCUGCCACCUUCACCACCCACCACCUGAACCUGCCCGACCCCACCAUGAAUGCGGUGGAUCUAGAGAUCCUUCAAGAGCUAGUCGCCGCCGGCUGCCCCAUCAAACCCCACAUCCCACACAACAAAACCGCGGGCGGCCGUGUCUCCACCUUCUCCCCCCUGCUGUACGCCAUGUAUCGAGGGUACGGCCCCGAUGCCGUACGCUUGCUGCUCAAGGCGGGCGCCGACCCGCUGCUUGCCGACCGAGCGGAGUGCGUGCCGCUGGUGUGUGCUGCAGAGCAGGGCAUGUGGCGGGAGCUGCAGGCGGUGUUUAAGAUCAAACGCAAACUGGGCUCCAUGCCGGUGCCCCCCAAGCCCCGGCAGUGGGUGGAUUUCUCCUGCGACAUGGCGCUGCCGCUGUGCCGCAACGUGUUCGAGUUAACAUUGCUGACCGCCUUCCAGAGCCCCUUCCUGGCCUGCGUGACGGGCGUCAAACGGGGUUGCCAGCGCUGCACGAAGGACAAGAGAAUGGCUGACGCCGCCAGCCCACACGGACCCUGGGCCAGCUUCUCCAAGCUGCUCGAGGUGCUGGUGGCGUACGGCAUGACCUCCGUACACGAGCCGCUGCGCCGCUGGAUGUGGCAGGAGGCUGAGCGCGUGCAGCAGCCGCUGCGCACCGCGCGGCGCAAUCUGCUGACGGAGCUGGAUCGGGUGUUGCGAGAGGCCAAGGAGCGGCAGGAGGGGAACGAUGGGAAGCAGUCCGCGCAGAGCUCAUCUGCAAAGGAGGCGCAGGAGGGGAGCGAGGGAAAGCAGUCCGCGCAGAGCUCAUCUGCAAAGGAGGCGCAGAAGGGGAGCGAGGGAAAGCAGUCCGCGCAGAGCUCAUCUGCAAAGGAGGGACAGGAGGGGAACGAGGCGAAGAUGCAGAAGCAGGGGAAGCAGCCGGCGCAGACGUCGUCGUCAUCGGCGGCGGCAUCCAGUCAGCCUUUGCCUGCGGAUAAGACGACGGAUGGGGUUGGGAAAGGGACGGGAGGGGACGACAAGGCGGCGAACGGCGCAACGCAGGAGGGCCAGCAGAAGAGGGACGGGCAGCGUUCUCCAACUGCUGAGGUGCGGGUGAAGGCUGAAGCGCCGCCGGCCGCGGGUGCAGUUGUGCAGGCAGCCAAGCAGCAGGGGCAGCAGCAGCAGGCAGGUUCCCCGCCUGUCUCAGCAGCUGUCUCCUCGUCCGAACAGGCGAAGACGGCUAAGAUGUCGCCUGCAGCGCAGAAACAGGACCCCCCGGGCUCCAACAACAACAGCGGGGCGGCCGCUGCUGAGAGGGCUGUGAAAGGCGAGAACGGGGUUGCUUCCGGUGCCGCGAAGAAGAGCAGCAAAGCAGCGCAGGAGCCGCCGGGUGCGGCUCCUAAGCCAGCGCCCAAUGGCACAGCCGCUGCUGCUGGUGCCGUGAAGAGCGUGGCGGGUGCGCCGGUGGUCAGCGCUGCUGCAAGCGUCACCCCAACGCCCCCGGUGCCCGCAGCAGCAGCACCACCCUCGGCAGCAGCAGCAGCCUCUGAGGAGGAGGAGCUGAUAUUGGAGCCGUAUCAGGACAAAUCGCACUGCUGGUGCUGCGGCAAGGCGAAGGAUCGUGCGGCCGGCAUCAAGCCGCGCAAGUGCGCCAAGUGCCUCACUGCGCGCUACUGCGGGGAGGCCUGCCAGCGGCAGCACUGGCCCACCCACCGCCCGCAGUGCAGCCUGCUGGCCACACGCGCACUGCAGAAGGAGGAGUAAAGUGAUCCUCUCCUGGCGGCCGGGGUGUUUUGCGUAACAAUGCAGAAGGACUGCAGAACUCUGCAGAAGGAGUAAUACUCUCCAUCUUUGGGGGCCGCGGUGUUGAAGGGAGCCGCUCCAAUGUCCGAAAGCGGGAGGGGGUGUUGUGUAGAUGUCGCGUGUGUCGUAUACGUAUGCGUGUGCUUGCUUUCGCAUACUUUUUCCGUUAGGAGGUUCCGUGUUUACGUUGGUGUGGAUGUAUGUGUACCGUAUGGGUAGCACGCAGGCAAACCUGCGGUUGGGAAAUGUCACAAGUAAUUUGCAUGGAGGUGAGCUUCGACGCACGCAUUUUCGGGAGCCUUGGUGCUCUUAUUGGUGCUUCGCCGUGCGGGGCGAGUUGUUGACAUGCCCCCCAACCUUGGCAUUGUGCGGUGUAAUAAGAACCAUGCACCCACGAAUAUAUGCAUGCAGUGCCCCGUUAGCGCUUGUGUACAAGGGACAGUAAAGGACACAAGCCGCGAAAAGAGGUGGUAGGAGCGGACGUGGUUCGGAAGUGGUGGCAUGCAUAAGGGGACCGGGAGCAUUGGGGGCUUUGGGGCAUUGCAGUUUCCAUGUAGCCUUACGCUUAUCUUCCCAACCCAACUCCCCCGCUUGUCCCAAUCUACCCAAGUCCUUUCCCAGCUACCUGCCCCCUCCUCGCUCCUUUCGCUACCGUAUAGCUUUACGUUUCCCCCAUUUCCCCC